GAACCAUUCAGACUAUGUGAUAAUGCGGGUGUUGUGAUAGUGUCAUUAAGCGGGCGCACCGGCGACUGAAGCAUAAUGGGAUGACCGGAAAUAGGGAUUCAUGGAAAAGGUUUGGCGUCGAGUUGGUCUCCAUUCCUCCCGCAAGAAGAGGGAUGGAAGUGGAACAAGCCAGGAAGUGACGUCAUCCGCUCCACCUGAGGCCGAGUAUCAGAACAUACAUACGUUGAGAACAGCUGAUUUGAUAAGACAAAGACAGGGGGAGGAGAAGUCGACGCUGCGCUCUUCUUACAUUAUAAGGAACGGGGAUAAUUUUAUUCUUGUGGAGAGAAGGCGUAGGCGGCGCCGUAGAAGUGGUACCAGGGCUUCAUCAGGCAGCAGGCACCAUACCCCGCCGGUGGAGGAGACCCGCGAGACUCGCACGGAGCAGAAGCGACGGCCUCCGGCUCGGCUAAAGAUCUUUGGUAUUCAAUGGCCAUUGCAUUCUAGUGACUCCAGACAUACUUCGGUCACAUGGCGGUUCUGCCGCGGCCGCCGCUCCCGCGACGACAACGAGCUCUACCGCUCCAACAGCUUCAAGUUCGAGCGGUUCUCGCGCGAGCAGCCGGCAGAUGAGUUCGCUUCUCAGGCCGCCCUCUGCGCUGACUACAGCGUGCCGGCCGACUGCAUAGCCGGACCCGCUCCCCGCCCUAGCUCCUUCCAUGAAAUAUCUGCACCUAAAGUUGAGUUCUUAGAGGCGUACUGCACGCCUCGCGACACAGCGCGCCGGUCCCCGCAGCGCAGCCGCCGCUCACGCGAACAACGUCGCUCCCCCGACUCCGCCAGAUGGCGCUACGACACACGCCGUAGCAACUACGACUUCGACUCGUGCCGUCGCCCCUACGACUACGAAUCAGGACGACGAUACCCUGGCAGGGAAUUCGACGGGGACUCCGGGAGACGCGUAGAAUUUGACGCGGAGUCAGCUAGAAGACGGGCUGACUACGAAUCGGCCAGGCGGACAGACUUUGAUUUGUCGGCUCCUGGCGUAUCGAGGAGAAGCCCUGAGAGCGCGCCAGAAGGCUCAGCCGAGUCACCUCCAGAGCCGGCACCGUCGGCGCCGCUGAGACACGAGCGACAGCCCAGACAUCGCUCGCAACCUUACUACGAAUCUGAAUCAACAUCCGAAGAUCCUUCGUCAUCGACGGACGGAGAAGAAGACGAAUUCGGUGAAUUCGAUCCUUUCGCAACAGCGCCAUCUCUGCAUUCUCCCGAUAGCGGUCGCUCAGACCCGAGAUACGCAAACGCGCCGCGUAGGAACCCUAGCCCUUAUUACUACGGCGACCUGUUCAAAACGACUGCUCCUCCGCAACCGGCUCCGUCUGCCCCAACGGUGUCUACAACUUCUUCAUCACGUGGCCCACGGUAUAGAAAAUCCGCCAGCUUAGACGCCCCGCACGUCGCUGCGCGCCCUAAUCUGCCCAAGCGAUUCUCUGUCGCAGAGGAUGGCUUUCGUGAGCUAGAGCGGUCAUCAUCUUCGUCGGGUGAGAGCGCGUGGAUGCCGCCAAGGCGCCGUGGGCGUGACGCGGCCGGCUGCGUGUGCGCCGCGCCUGAAGAUGUAGAGGAGCACCGACCUUCUCGUAGCGUCUUUUACGUGCCGGCGCCGCUGCCACGCUGGCCGCAAGAGAUGAGCACCCGCCAAAUUUACGAAACAGCCUUUGACUGUAAAAUCGCACGGUCAGACGAUGACUUGGACGAUUUUGAUCGCGUCAGCAACCAUCCUGCACUUUUACAAGCCGAGGACAGGAAAGUUAUAUCUUCCGCAUCGUCCGCCUUUGAGGCUGUAGAACGUGGUGAACCAGAUUAUAAAGGCCGCCGAAAAGUUACAAUGAAAACUGAUAGUGUCCGUCGAUCAAAGAUUCCCACUAUCCGCCAGAAAAGAGAAAACGAAAGCAAUGCGUCAGCUUUGUCUGAAGAGCUUGAAAAAAUCCACAUUGACGAGGAAGACCGCAACGCUUCAACUUCCCAAUUACCACUACGUGGUUAUACGCCGUCACCUCCGUCAACAGCUCCCCUGCCAACAAAAUUUCAGCAAAAAGACGGUUCCGCCAUGAAUAGCAUCAAAAGUGCCCCGAACUUGCCGCAGUCGCAACCAGCGCAUCCGCGACUGAAGGAUUUACGGUUACCUGUAAAAUCUUUACGAGCACGAGAAACACCAACAAGCAGCGACGCUAGUAUGGUUGAUCUAAAGGGCUCUGCGUCCACUGAACUGGACGCUGUGCAGCGUUUAAGCGCUGGUCGCGAAUCUCGCGACACCGAUGACGAAAGGGGGCAAUCGAAGGACGGUAUUUUUUUAGAGAUUAAGGGCCGACCCACUUCCGAUUCUGACACACCAGAACUGAAUCGACACACAGGGCCAAAGGGGGUCGGUCCUAUAAUGGAAUUCAAAGGCAGGCCCGGGGCUCCACGUCCGAGGCGCAAAUAUUCAAGCACCGAAAGUAUGGCAACUAGCAGUAGCGGUGGAAGUAUGGAAUCCCUUAGGAGUAGCACUAGCGAGGACAGGAGCAGUAGUAGUUCAGAAAGUCGACGGUCGUCUUCUCUAAGUUCACAUAGUUCAGAUUCCGGCAAUGUCCCAUUUACAAAAUCGCAUCACAUGCAACUGUCGGGGUUUGGACAUCACACUAACAAACUUCAUAUUCUUAGUCCUAUAUCGGAUAAAUCAUCGCAAGAACCUGCGUCCGAAACUUCCGAUAACAAUAGAAAUAACAACUCUCAAAAAGUAUCUCCUGAGGACGUCGAAACUGGAAAUACAACAAUUCAGACGACUGUUGAAAUUGUAGCAAAGCCUAAAAGACGAGCAUUACAAAACCGGAAUCUACUAAAUCUUACUUUCCGACAUUCGACAACGGCCGGUGACGCCGAAAUACAAGGAUCUGAUAGUGGUAUAUCAAUUCACUCCCGAGAAGGUGUCGACUCAAGAAACACAUUUAUGAACUUCAAGAACAGUAAUACUGAGGAAGAGCGUAAAGAUCCGGACCAAGAUCUUUCUGAUCUUCCAUUCGACAUGCCGAAGUUAAGAAGACGACGAGCUGAAGCUGAAGCAGAUCUCAGGUCGCUGCCUUUUGAUAUGCCCAAAUUACGCCGCAAAUUGCGAGGACAAUCGCUGCAGUUAAACAAUGACUUUGGAAGUGUCAUUUCAAAUGCAUCUUCCAGCCAAAGCGUCCAGGACUUAAAUCUAGGUAACAAGCACAAAGACAAAUUGACGUUGAACUUUGAUAGUGGAAGUGGUUCCGGCAGUUCUAAGGGGUUGCAUCUGAACCUAGGACCCAUCAUUCCACCGAGAGAUCUUGUCGACGCAACGCUGCCGCUUGAUAGACAAGGGUGGUAUCACGGGACGCUAACGCGCGUCGAAGCAGAAAGUUUGCUAAGGGAUGCAGAUGAAGGCGCUUUCCUAGUACGAAACAGCGAAUCUGCAAAACACGACUAUUCGUUAAGUCUAAAGUCAACCCGUGGUUUCAUGCAUAUGCGAAUCUGCCGUAAUACCGAGGGGUACACCUUGGGCGGCGCGGCCACGGCUUUCCCCACCGUCCCUACCCUGAUGCGUCACUACGUCACCGCACAAAGACUGCCAGUGCGAGGGGCGGAACACAUGGCCUUAUCCACACCUUUACCCGCUGUUCUACUGUGAACAUGCGACUUCGACCUUUUUUUGAAAUGAAACUGUGAA